GCGCACCUAACAGACAGCAAAAGGCCCACCAGAUGUCGUCCGCAUAUAUUAUUCAGCCAUUUUUAUUCCUUCAAUCCACCUCCUUUUCUUUUAAUUAAUGGCAACUUUCUUCUUCUCCAACUCCAAAUCUCGUCCCAGAAAACUUGCCACCAUUUUCUUCAACAUAUCCUCCCUCUUCCUCCUCUUUCUCUUUCUCAAGGCCUAUCUCUCUCCCUCCAAUUCCAAUCAUGCUCUCAACCGGCAUUCCCAUGGCCCCUCUGCGACCAUCUUUAACCGCGUUCGGACUCUGCCUGACCUCCAAACUAAUGCAUGCUCCGAUCUCCACGAGCAUUCAGACCACAGGUCAAAGUGUUCGUACGUCAAGGCCAAUCUCAACUGCAAUUCCAGAGGGUACAUAAAUUAUCUUCAGAUCUUUUACUGCAAUCUUGGGCAAUUUCCAGUUCUGGCUUAUGCUCUGCUUGCUUUAUGGCUCGUGGUAUUGUUCUAUCUCUUGGGCGACACAGCUUCGAACUACUUCUGUCAUUCCUUGGAAGCUUUGUCCGGUAUCUUGAGGCUGUCGCCGACCAUAGCAGGAGUAACAUUGCUUUCUCUGGGAAAUGGUGCGCCUGAUUUUUUUGCCAGUGUUGUUUCCUUCACGAGAUCCAGCGGCGGUGCCGUCGGCCUCAAUAGCAUCCUAGGAGGUGCUCUUUUUGUUACUAGCACUGUUUUGGGGAUUAUAAGUAUUCUGGUCAGCCCAAAGCAGGUUACAGUUGAUAAGGUUAGUUUCAUUAGAGAUGUGGGUUUCCUCCUAUUUUCUUUGUUCAGCCUAUCGUUGAUCAUUUACCUCGGUAAAAUCAACUUAUGGGGUUCAGUCUGCUAUAUUUCUAUCUACUUCCUUUAUGUUUGUGCCGUCUCAGUUCCUCAUUUCAUGAACAAAAGGGAAAAGAAAGAAGAAAUUAUUGCAGCAUUUUCAGACGACUUGGCACUGGCAGAGUCUGCCGUACCAAUGUUGGGCUUUGUAGAUAGUGAGAAAGGGAAAACAAAAGUAGCAGAGCAAGCAGGAGUUGCUGAAGAUGAAAUGGAACACCCGGGGAGCUCUGGAAAGGCUUCUCUCAGAUGCAUAUACCUAAUCAAGUUUCUGAGAGCACUAGAACUACCACUUUCAUUGCCAAGAAGACUAACAAUACCAAUUGUGAGUGAAGAAAAGUGGUCAAAGCCAUAUGCAGUGAUAUCUGUCACAUUAGCCCCACUUGUGUUGGCAGCCGUUUGCGAUACCCAACUGGUAAACGUGAAUAAAAAGAGCAACUUGAUCAAGUACUUGCCAGCUGCUAUGGUUGGUUUUGUCUUGGGGUGUACAACAUGGGUGAAGACGAAGAGCUCAAGUCCACCAAGAAAGUGUUUGUUUCUUUGGCUAGCAGGUGGAUUUGCAAUGAGUGUAUUAUGGAAUUACAUUGUUGCAGAUGAAUUGGUGUCCCUCUUGUAUUCAUUAGGACACAUAAUUGGGGUAAGCCCUUGCAUUCUAGGAUUAACUGUCCUAGCUUGGGGUAACUCAAUGGGGGAUUUGAUAGCUAAUGGUGCAAUGGCUCUAAAUGGUGGUGAAGAUGGGGUUCAGAUAGCCAUAUCAGGUUGCUAUGCAGGUCCGAUGUUCAAUACAUUGAUGGGUUUGGGGCUGCCUCUUUUUCUAUCAGCAUGGUCUGAGUAUCCAUUAUCUUAUGUGAUUCCUAAGGACCAAUCCUUAUACGAGACUCUUCUGUUCUUGACGGCGGGGCUGCUUUGGGCACUUGUGAUAUUGCCCAACAAGAACAUGAAAUUGGAUAAGGUUUUGGGAGCUGGCCUUUUGGCCAUUUACCUCUGCUUUCUCUUCAUCAGGAUCGCCUCGGCCAUUGUUGUUCUUAAAUUAUAGCGCUGCCUUGCCUUAAAAUGGUCGCUUUGUAUGUACUUCUCCA